AUGGAUCUUGGCGCCACGACAGAAGCGCUCGAGGAGGCGAAGGGAAGGCAGAAAAUUCUGGAAUGCCGUGCAGUGGUGCACCGGAUCCACGGCGUCGCAAGGCAUCUCCGCAUGGAUUACUCUCUCUUCGAUCUCGGCUGCGGCAAAGAUGGGAGCUUCCUCCACGCCGCGCCUUGUUGCAAUCCAUCAUGCGAGGGUGUAGGAGCGAUCGAAUGCUCCGGCUGCCAGAUCGCCGUCUACUGCGGCGAAAUCUGCCGAGAAAUCCACGCCAGGGCUCAUCGCCGGGCGUGUGGCAACGCAUCGGGGCGCCGAACCGGCUGCCCUGUGGUGAAGCCCUCGAUUUUCCUCUGGGCCAAUGUCCCGGCACAUUGCCUGAUUGAUCCAGCGGAGAUCUCUCGCAGCGGCGACUGCGUGGUGGAGCUCUGCAUUGCGGCCUCGGGAGAUCUUCGCGAUCUCUUCCACACCACGGACGACUUCACUGGGAAGAAAAUCAUCGCCCUCGUCAACGAUUACAACAGCCAAGUUGUAGCCCGGAACUUUAUGAUCCUGGAGAUGCUUCGUGUGCAUGGCGAUGCUGGGAUCGAGGCCGCCAUAGCUCUCUGGUAUUCAUUCGUGAUGACCGAGCCCCAAAACCUGGCUUGCAAGGUCGCGGCCUACGACGCUCUCGAGCGGUGUGGAUACUUGUCGCGCUCGGCCAUCCAGAUCGUUCGCAUGGGCCUCUUCUCGGACCAAACCGGACCUGUGCUGGAAGCGGCCUUUUCCACCUCGGGCUCACGCUCCAAGCUUUCUAUCGAGAUGGAGGACAGCUCUUGGGGAUUAAUCAUGGCCUAUGUCAUCGCAGAACUCAAGCCACGCGACGUGGAGAUCGCGAGGGAGAAAUCCAUGACCGACUUCCGUGAGAGCCUUGCCUACAGCACUGGGAAGCUCCUCCCAUUUUCCUGCAUCAACAACGAGAUGCGCUUCUCCAGCGGCAACAACUUCUUGCUCGACGAAGCUGGCUGCUGGACGCAGAUGAGCUCUGCGGAUCCAAUGCUCGGCUGGGACUUCGCGGAGGUGAUGAGCUCAGGACGGGAAGCCGGAGCCGGAUCCAAGGACUUGUAUGGAUCGCUCUUCUUCCACCUCAAGAAGCUCAUGGAGAGGUUCCUGUCGCUGGUCCGGCGCUGCGACGUAGAGAUCCGGCUAUCCAGGCUCGAUGCUUGCGAGCUUGCCAGGCGGCUCAAGAAAAGUGGCAGCGAGUUCCACGCCAUCUCGACGUCCAACAUCUGCGACGCAAACUACGUGGGAUUCGAGAGUCUGCUGCAUGACUUCGCGCCGCUGCUACGCAAAAACGGGACCCUGGUAACCUCCAGCAUGAACUGGAUCACCGGGCCAGACACGAGAAUGGAGGGGUUGACGAGCAUCAGCGCGGUGCUGGAUUGCCUGGGGAUGAGCAGAAAGAAGGCCAACAAGGUGAUCUUGAGGUUAUGA